UUAUCUGGACAGCUUAAUAGACUUACGGGAUAUGAACGUAUAGAGAAUUUAAAAGCCGUAGUCAUCAAAGCAGAGCAGAGCAUCAAGCAGUCGAGAACGAUGUUAAUAGAUAGCAAGCGAGAGUAUACCAAAUAUACAGAACUACGCAGGCAGUCGCAGAAACAGGUCAAUGAUUUACUCUCGAAUAAGUCCAGUUGGGGCGACACAGAGUUAAACAAGUUCACACAGCUUGUCAAGAGCGAUCAUAGUAUAGAGAAACUAGAGAAGGAGUUUAUGCAAAAAGUAGAAGAAUAUGAGAAGCUCGUAGAUAGAGGCUUCGAAAAGCUCUUGAAAAGCAUCCUAGAGAGGUACCAUGAAGAGCAGAUAUGGUCCGAUAAGAUACGAUCUAUGUCCUCAAACUACACCCUCAUCGCCCUGUCCGUCAAUGUCUUGGUUUUCCUCAUGGCAAUCGUCUUUAUAGAGCCAUACAAGAGAAAUAGAAUGCUGAGGGAGCUGGAA